AUACAAACAGCUGACUGUCAAAAUAUACAAAAUAACCUGUGUGAAAAUAACAAUCAACACACAAUCAAUAUUCAGUACUCAAAUCAACACGAAUAAAAUUAAAUGACUGAAGUUAUUUAGAAUUAAUUCCUAGUAAAGAAGUUUCUACUAGAUUUCCGCCGCCGGCUUCAGUAAGCCGAUAAAGUGGUUAUCGCCCUAAUCUAAAAUAAUAGACAAAAUGAGAAUGAUAACCUUAAAUAUGUUACGAAUGACGAAAAGAAUUAAUAAAUUAGCUCAAUUACGAUGUUUCUGUGAAGUUAUACAGCGGCCAAGUGAUGCACCACAAAAAAUUGUUGGUGACCCAAAUCUUAUAGACAUUCAUCCUUCAUGGAGGCAAGAUGAAGACGAAGAUCUAAGAAAGCAAGUCCUCAGGGAUAUGAGGGUCAUUCCCAACUUCAUCUCUGAAGAGGAAGAGACCUCGCUGCUCACUGAAGUCGAGUCACAGCUGCGGAGACUCAGAUAUGAGUUCGAUCACUGGGAUAAUGCGAUCGUGGGUUACCGCGAAACGGAACGCAAGCAGUGGAAUGAGCGCAACUCGGUGACGCUGUGCCGCGUGCGCGCCGCCGCGUUCGAGCCGCGCGCGGUGCUACUGCCGCACGCGCACGUGCUCGACCUGGCGCCCGCCGGCUACAUCAAGCCGCACGUCGACGCGGUGCGGUUCUGCGGCGAUACGAUAGCGGGGCUGUGCCUGCUGUCGGACGCGGUGAUGCGGCUCAUGCACGAGCUGCGCGCCGACCUCGCGCUGGACGCGCUGCUGCAGCGGCGCUCGCUGUACAUCAUGAGUGGGGUUGCCAGAUACGACUUCAACCACGCAGUACUGUCGAACGAAGACAGCAAGUUUCGCGGCGCUAGGCUCAUAAAGAAGCGACGUGUUGCCAUUAUCUGCAGAGAGCAACCCAAUAAGGAGUCCGAUUGACACCUGACACAUAAUAUGUUCCUAUUGUCUAUGUCAUAUUGUUUGUUUUCUGACACUAGUUUAUACUUUAUAGCCACCAGUGUUGCCUGCAAAGCAUGAUACACGCAUAUUCAGUAAUUUACCUAAUGUACAACUUAAAUUAUACUCUUAUUUUUCCUCGCGAUUAUGAUUAAUGUGAUUGUUUGUAAUUUAUCGAAUAUGUGUAUAAUAUUCCUGUGAAGGAAAGUAGAAAGAAAUAUUAAUGUUUAUAAAAUGCGAGGAAGAAGAUCUAGAAGACUAGAUCUAUUUCCCUUCAUAUCCCAUGAAAUGGUCAGUGAGUACAAACUUGAUUGUGAAGAGAAGAAAUGUUUAUUUCUUGUGAUAAUUGAUUCAGUGAAUACCUGUAGUAUUAUUUAGAUAAUAAAUUAUUUUGUUACUGUUAUUAA